AUGGAUCCUGAACCCAAAAGGGUUCACCCCUACGAAGAUAGGGAAGGCGAAGCCCCAUCUAGUCCCGAAGGCAGUCGGGAAUCCGCCCCAGAAGAGAGCGAGUCGGACGUGGCUCGCGAGUCGGACAUGGCUCACGAGUCGGACAUGGCUCGCGGAACAUCGGACGACGACGAGGACGAGGUCGCCGCUCUACGGAGGCAGGUCCAAGAACUGAGGACCUCCCUCAAGGAAAUGACGAGUCGGUACGAUCGGCUCGCCGCUCUGUUCAGUUCGUCACUCACGAAAAGCACCAUAGCCCUCACCAACCCAACUCACCAAACGAUCACGCCAACCACAUCAUGCCAUGAGAACCGAGGAGAACGGUCCAUGGCAGAAGUAAAAAAUCCGACAAUACAACAAAUACCAGCCGCAGCAAUAGAAACUACAAGCACCCCUCAUCCAACUACCACACCAAUCAAUGUCGCCGAGGGCCCAGCCCGACAACUACAUCAGCCAUCCACCCACACACCGAUAACAACCACCUCAACCGCACCACGAGCCGUUCAAGCAGCCAAACCUAAGACACAAGAGGUGCGAAAGCGUGUUUCGCUGAGAGUUUUAGAAUAUUCAAAGGUUCAAAUAAAGUUUGUUGAUUACAAUUUCGUGAAUGGGAUUCGAUUAUAA